UUUGUGUGAUUAUUUUGUAAAACCACAUUAGUUUAAGUGAUUAAAUAUGUACAACCCUUAAAUAUGACUAUAUUUUACGUGUUUCUUGAUGUGUAAAGUGUGUACCUCAUCUGGAGUUCAAUGAUGUAACAUUGUGGAAAAGUCAGCCAAUAUAUUAGUUAUUUCCCUUGUAUAUGGAUACGCCAUUACCUCUUUUUGAAAAGUAGCCUUAUGCAGAUGACCAAGGAGGAGCCUAAAAGAAGCUGAUUUAUGAAAAUAUUAAAAUUAAGCCUUCACUGCGCUAAGUUGCUUAGAAACAUACAAGUAACUGCCUGCAUAUCAGAAAUAAAUAAAUAGAGAAAGAAGAAACAAAAGGACCAGAAUGGGGAUGUCAAACGCAGAGCGAAAGGAACUUCAAAGGAAGUUUCGUUCCAGAUGGGAUGAGGAUGAAACAAGAAGAAAGUAUUUGCAGGACUCUAAAGAAAAGUACAAGAAGGACAAAACAUUGGGGAAAAGAAAACAGAUUACAGAUAUGACACAAAGAGAAAAAAGGCAUCAAAGAAAGAUUUGGCGAGUGCAGAAAAGGAAACUGAAAGAAAGAAGAAAGGCUGAACAAGAAAGAAUAUUAACACCCCCUUCUUCACCUGUGACACCAGAAAAGAGACAGAAAAGACAGAUCGAUGAUAAACAAAUGGAUCCAUAUGACAGGAAAAAAGAAUUCAAAACAUACCUGCAAAAACUGGCAAAGUGUAGAACAUUUUGUGAGCUGCAGACUGAAUGCAAGCAGAUCGAUGAUAAAAUUGGUGAACUUACCAUUGACCCACAUGAGGUACAUAUUCUGAAAGAGGGUAUAGAAGUUGAUAUCAAUGCAGCUGAUUAUAUUCCGUUUGAUAUACUUGACAAUCAGCUUCUUCCAGGUGUAGUUAAUUCUGACGGAAACUGUUUGCAAUCAACUGGAAGUGUUUUUGCUUACAGUGACACUGAACAUGUAGAAGAAAUGCGAGUCAGAAUCAUAAUUGAACAAGUCAAACAUGAAUUAUUUUACCUGAAUGACGAUUUCUUGCAAACUGGCGGGACUACUAGUAAAACAUCCAAGCAGUAUGCUCAGUAUUCAGAGAUGUUCAUUCCAAAUGAAAGGGAAAUGACAAAUGAAAACAUAAAAUCAAUUUACAGAAAAGAGAUUCUCAGUAUCACAAAAGACAAAUCAUUUAUGAGUAUUUGGCAAGUUCAUGCACUGUCAUCAGUUCUCAAAACCCCUAUUCAAUCAGUAUACCCUGAGCUAGGCAAUAGAAAUGUGAGGAAAGACAUGCACAAACUGAUCAAACCUGUUUCAGGAACCAAUAAAGAACCCCCAGUUUUUGUAAUGUGGACAUCAAACGGGGAUGAUGAUAUAGAUACACUGUACCAGGUAGUUCAGUCAAUAAAAUCACAAAACAUCACAUGUUAA